AUGUGCUAUGUCGGAAAAGCAACCAAGAUCUUCAUCUUCAUAAUAACAGUCCUCGUCGUCACCGGAUUCAUCAUCGGAUUCUCAAUCGUUCGUCAUCGGAAUCACAAAGAUCGCAAUUCCCUCAUCUUUCCCACCACCACAAACCCCAUCCCAAUACCCAAUUCCGCCGGAACUACAACCACUACAUACAAUCCUCCGGCGAGCUCAAACGUCUACCCACCUCCCCUGCCUCCGGUAACUCCGACCACCCCUGUCCCAAACAUUAACAACCCUCCUCCGCCAUCGGAAACUCCGACAACCCCAGUUCCAGAUAUUACUCCUCCUCUGCCGCCGCCGCCGCCGCCGGAAAUUCCGACAACACCCAUCCCGGACAUUAGUUCUCCUCCUCCACCGGACAUUAACCCACCUCCUCCUCCGCCGGUGCCGGAACCUACCCCUCCGUCUCCGACGGUUCCGGCGGUGGCACCACCGCCGAGUUUCAGUCCUCCGAGCCCUGUAGUGACUCCAGGACCAGCGCAUGCUCAGUUGAUCUGA